AUUUCCGGGUGUGACAGCACGCGCUGGAGGUAACUGUCGGUCAUUGCGCUCGGCAGCGAGAGACUCAAGCAUCCGAUCCGGCUGUGAAGGUUGCACAUUUUGGAGCCACAUAUUGGACUCUUUCCUUAUCUUUCUGAACUUCGAUCCCGGGAUCCUCAGUUGGACACAGGGCAACAACAAACUCGCUCUGUUUCAGGCUUGGCCUGAUCCCUUCAUCUUUCAGUCCCCUUCAGCUUCUCAGCAGACGUGCGUCUGAACAUGGACCCGAGUGCCGUUCUCUUGUUCCCAGUGUAUGCAGUAGUAUGGCUCUACUCCCUUUUGAGCUUUCUACCAUGGUACUUCCUGACUGGAGCCCAGAAAAAGAAAGCCCUGGCAAAGAGAGUCAAAUCCAGGUCAACCACCGGUCAGGCUGAAGGGCCGUAUCGAGCCGUGGAUCGCUUCGACUCCUUGGUCACGGAGGACUUUCCUGGAAAAGACACCCUAGAUAAGCUGUUUGAUUAUGCGGUGGAGCGUUUCGGAAAAGCGGACUGCCUGGGAACUAGAGAAGUUCUGAGCGAAGAAAAUGAGACUCAGCCGAAUGGGAAGGUCUUCAAAAAGUUAAUUCUGGGCGAUUAUAAAUGGGUAUCCUAUGAGGAGAUGGACAUUCAGGUCAGUCAGUUUGGGAGUGGACUGACAGCACUAGGCCAACAGCCAAAAAACACCAUCGCUAUUUUCUGUGAGACAAGGGCAGAGUGGAUGAUCACGGCUCAGACCUGCUUUAGACGCAAUUUCCCAUUGGUCACCUUUUAUGCAACUCUAGGAGAAGAGGCAGUGGCUUUCGGAUUGAAUGAGUGUGGAGUUACACACCUGGUCACCAGCGUGGAACUGCUGGAAACCAAACUGAAGGGUGUUCUUCCUCAAAUCCCCAAUCUGAGGCACAUCAUCUAUGUGGACAGGAAGAGCAUCAGCUCAGCAGGAUAUCCACAGGGUAUCCAGAUCCACAGCAUGCACUCUGUGCAAGAGCUGGGAGCCAAGCCAGAAAACUUGAGCCGACCCAUAGUGAAGCCCAUCUCGUCAGACCUCGCUGUUAUUAUGUACACCAGCGGCUCCACCGGUAGACCUAAAGGGGUGAUGAUCAUUCACAGUAACCUGAUCGGGGGCAUGGCAGGCCAGUGCGAGAGGAUACCUGGAUUAGGAUUAAAGGAUACAUAUAUUGCCUAUCUGCCUCUUGCUCAUGUGCUGGAAAUGACGGCUGAGAUCUCAUGUGUGACGUACGGCUGCAGGAUCGGCUAUUCCUCACCACAAACACUGUCUGAUCAGUCAACCAAAAUUAAGAGGGGAAGUAAAGGUGACUGCACCGUGCUGAAACCUUCUCUAAUGGCUGCCGUACCUGAAAUAAUGGACCGGAUCAAUAAGAACGUCAUGAGUAAAGUGCAGGAGAUGAGCUGCGUGCAGAGAACCCUGUUCAAACUGGCCUACGACUACAAGCUCAAGCAGAUCAAGAAGGGUUAUGAUGCGCCCCUGUGCAAUAUUUUGUUUAAGAAAGUCAGAGCUCUGCUGGGUGGAAACGUGCGGAUGAUGCUGUCCGGAGGAGCCCCUCUGUCUCCCGCCACUCAGCGCUUCAUGAACAUCUGCUUCUGCUGUCCUGUUGGUCAGGGAUACGGUCUUACUGAGACCUGUGGAGCGGGAACUAUAACCGAGGUUGCUGACUAUAGCACAGGACGAGUAGGAGCUCCUCUGAUCUGCUGUGAGAUCAGACUCAAAGACUGGGCAGAAGGUGGCUAUACGAAGCAUGACAAGCCCCAUCCACGUGGUGAGAUCCUCAUCGGAGGUCCUAAUGUGACCAUGGGCUACUACAGGAGUGAAGGCUGUAUCAAUGAGGACUUCUUUGUGGAUGAGAACGGCCAGCAGUGGUUCUGCACUGGUGAUAUUGGAGAGAUGCACCCUGACGGCUGUCUUCAGAUUGUCGAUCGCAAGAAGGACCUUGUGAAACUUCAAGCUGGGGAGUACGUCUCUUUAGGCAAAGUUGAGUCAGCACUGAAGAACUGCUCUCUCAUUGACAACAUCUGCGCUUAUGCAAACAGUGACCAGAACUACGUUAUCAGCUUCAUUGUUCCUAAUCAGAAGAAGCUGACAGCUCUUGCCAGUCAGAAGGGCAUUGAAGGCACGUGGGAAGAGAUUUGCAACCAGCCGAUUAUGGAAAGGGAAGUUCUGAGAGAAAUUAAAGAAGUUGCAACUUCAAUUAAACUCCAGCGCUUUGAAAUACCAGUUAUGAUCCAUCUGAGUCCGGAGCCUUGGACCCCUGAAACGGGCCUGGUGACGGACGCAUUCAAACUGAAGAGGAAGGAACUGAAGAACCACUAUCUCAACGACAUCGAAAGAAUGUAUGGCCACAAGUAGGACCUCUAUCACAGCCAAAGACAUCUUCAUCAGCUCCUCACCGUUCAACAUUACUGUUUAUCAAUAAAUGUUAAAUACUUUUUGCCACAAAUACUUCACCACUGCCCAUUGCUUAGUGAUGUGCACAAAUUUUCAAAGACGAACAAUGUUGAUAAGCCGUUGGUCUGUGUAUUUUUGUUCCUGAGCUUUGUGGGCUUUUCAUUCAGAGCUCUGUAGUCUCUGCUGUGAAAUAGUUUACAAGUAAGUCGUAGCUGAUUUGCUUGAGAACUGUUGGGUAAAGGACAAUAUGUAUCUUAUCCAGCAUUAAGUAUCCACUAAUUUCUAAUUUUAGUAUACAAAAGGAGUCUCUUGUAAAAAGGAUUUCAUCCAUACAACAGCAAUACACUGCCAUCACAUUGUGCUUUCUUUUUUUGAACAUGUGUGAACGCUUCUUUGUAAAAUUGUUCACUUGUUUGGUUUAAUAGAAUUUGAAAACACAAAAACUGCUAGCUGAGGCGCAGUCAUUGCACUGCAGAACUCCGCCUCCUUGUAGAGAUGAGUAAUAUACAGUGAUGUUUCUGUGCCUUCUGAUUGGUUACUAUUUAUACGUUGAUUCCCUAUUGGCUGAAAAUUAGAAUUCGAUUCCCGGGCUUCAUUCAUGUUAGUGUCUUUAUAACGGUUACAAACCAUGUUCUUUAAUUUACUUGAGAUUUUUAUUUUUUUUUUGGUUGUGGAAAUUUGUCACUGAAUUACAAUGUUUUGAGUACUAAUUGACACAUAUAGUAGUAAAUGUGUUCAUGGAUUGACUCAAGACCGGCUGAGAUGACUAGCAAGUGGUUUAUUGCUCAUUUGUCCUGUUCGUUUGACUGAACUUAAAUGAAGGGAACAUUUUUAGGACGUUUUUCUCUCUUAAGCAAGAGGUAAAGUUUAUAGUUCAUCUGUAUCAUCUUUUCACGUCUGAUUUUUUCUCAAACCACUCAUUUUACUGUUGUGUCUGAUUGUCACGAGCUCUCUUGUCUGUCGCAAAUUCCACUUCUGCAGGCUUUUAGUAUAUUUGGUAAUAUGUCAAUGUGUCCUCAAUAUUUAAUAUAUAAAGCUGAAAAGUAAAAAAGACACUCUUUGGAAAUUCAAACCCAGAAUAUGAAUAUUAAGGUUGAGGAACCCUUGUUAGUGUUGUAUUCUGUAUUUUAAUUUAUUUGGUCAAAACUGUACCUUUUUAUUUUAACCCGUGUUUAAUUGUUUUAGUUUUUAAAGUGUGAUCUGUACAGGCACUGUAAUUUGUUCGCGUUUGGGUUAUUCUAGAAAGUGUAUUUUAUUUAUAAUUAUUUUGUCAUUUGCACUAUUCUUUUUGUCAGGGAUUUUUAGCCAUUGUUAAACAAACAGCCAUUAAGCCAUCAAAUUCAGCAGUUAUUUCCCCCACAGCCCUCAGGUUUCCGGUCACCACAAGCAAGACUAUACAGCAGUCAAGUGUUUGCAUUGAGAAAUUGUGAAUUCGCUUGUAGAAUGUUCUAUGAUGCUUAUUUAUUUUUAUUGUGGUUCACUGUAUGUAAUAUUUGCUGAGAACAAGUAAAAAAUUUUCUAUUCAAA